CUUACAAUAUAUCCGUAAUCAGCACCAGUAGUUCAUACCAAACCCUGGAACCCCGAAUCGUUUUGUCUACCGAAAAUCCACUGGCCGUCACAAAAUGGAGCAAAUUUUGUUCAAUCCAUUGCUCCAAAUUCCUAAAACAACAUUCUUGUCUGCCUCAACGAACAGGUUCCAAGCAUCUGCCAUCCUCACUGCUUCGCAAGCUUCUUCGUCCAAGCCAAAACUUCCUGCCGAGAAUCACUGCUACCCUCGCCGCACCGAAUUGCCAUUAGGUCCUAGCAUCACUCGUUUUCCACUACAAAAUAGAAAGCUUGGUGAUGCCCAUGUUUCGAACCCCACGGAAACGGAGGAAAAAUCCAAUCUUUAUAAUGUUGGCAAUGCCACGGCCGAUGAAUCAGAAUGGAGCCCUGACGAGCUUGAAGCCAUUGCUGCCCUGUUUCAAAGAAGAAUGCCUGAAAAGGCUGGGAAGCGUACGAGAGAAAGAUUGCUUCUCUUCCACCAGAAGUAGAUGCCUCCGAGGUACUCGACGAAUGGGCUCCAUUCCUGAGAAAGGGGUCUUUGUCUAUGACAAUUCGAGAAUUGGGUCAUUUGGGUCUCCCAAAACGUGCUCUUGAG